GAAAUCAAACAAGAUUUUUGAAUCUCGGCAAAUAUAUCAAAAUGUCCUUUAAUCUUGUGAUCUAAAACAUACCAGAUGGAAAGUUUGAUAUAAUUUCUUGCAUUUUAAGGUGAGCUAAUUUGUUGGAGGAAGUUAAAUAUUCUUCCAACUGACCAUUAUAUUUGCACAAAUCAAAAGGCCAAUAUCACUUCUUUAUAUAUAUCAUCAACAAAUUCAUAAAGUGAGCAAUUAGUUGAAGGCAAAGCCAAGGUUUGACUAUAAAGAGUUAGCUAGCAAAUGAGGAACUGGUUCAAAAGAAAGAAAAAAAGCAAGGCCAAGAUAGAUAAAUGGCCGUCCGGUGCAUUAAAGCUCCUGCUAUGCGCGGAGUUUGAAGAAGAACCGAACACGAUGGAUUAUAGCAUAGGAAAAAGAUGGAAGGUUCUUUGUGGGAAGAACAAUUGGGAUGGACUUAUGGAUCCUUUAGACCACGAUCUACGUCGAUACAUUAUUCACUAUGGAGAAAUGGCUCAAGCAAGUUAUGACAACUUCAAUUUUAAUAAAGUUUCCAAAAAUGCAGGGAAUAAUAGAUAUUCCAAGAAUGAUCUCUUUGCAAAAGUUGGACUUGACGUCGGCAAUCCAUUCAAAUAUCGUGUAACUAAAUAUUUUUAUGCAACAUCAUCAAUUGAGGUUCCAGAAGCCUUUAUCAUACAAUCUUUGUCAAGGGAAUCAUGGAGCAAGGAAUCAAAUUGGAUAGGUUAUAUAGCUGUAUCAACAGAUGAAGGAAAAGUUGCAUUAGGAAGAAGAGAAAUUCUUAUUUCUUGGAGAGGGACUGUUCAAACAUUGGAUUGGGUGGAUGAUCUUGAUUUUUUUCAAGUUUCAGCACCCAAAAUAUUCAGAGGUAACACUGACCCUAAAAUCCAUAGAGGGUGGUACUCCAUUUAUUCUUCAGAAGAUCCACGUUCGCCUUUCAAUAAGACAAGUGCCAGAGACCAGGUUAUUGAGGAAGUAAAGAGAUUGGCAGAAGAAUACAAAAGUGAAGAAAUCAGCAUAACAAUAACUGGUCAUAGCAUGGGCGCAGCAGUUGGAACACUCAAUGCCAUUGACAUAGUUGUAAAUGGAUUCAACAAAGGUUGCUUAGUAACAGCUUUUCUAUUUGCAAGUCCAAAAGUUGGAGAUUCAAACUUCAAGAAUGCAUUUUCCAACCUGGAAAAUCUUAGGAUUUUACGCGUAAGCAAUGCCAUAGACAUCGUUCCAAAUUAUCCUAUGAUCGAUUAUUCAGAAAUAGGAGUUGAAUUAAUUAUUGACACGACUAAAUCGCGCUAUUUGAAAGUACCUGGAGAUGUAAGAAGUUGGCAUAGUUUGGAAGUUCAUAUGCAUGGUGUUGCUGGAUUCCAAGGGGCUAAUAAAUGUGGAUUUAAGCUUGAAGUAGGACGUGAUAUUUCACUUGUUAAUAAACAUUUAGAUGCAUUGAAAGAUGAAUAUUGUGUACCAACUUGUUGGUGGGUUGAGAAGAACAAUGGAAUGGUUCAACAGGAUGAUGGGUCCUGGAAUUUGAUGGAUCAUGAGAAUGACGAUGAAGAUGAUUAAUCUGUUGUAUGAUCUGGUGUAUGAGGAGUGCUAACAAUGCUUUAACAAAUUUAGUAAAGCAUGUUGUAUAUAUGCUUUAACAUUUUAUACAAAUUAAGCUGAAUAACUAAUAAGUUUGUAUAUUUUUUGACCAAAUUUUUUAAAACAAAAUUUGGUAUGCACCCAAGUUGCAUCAUGUAUGUAAAUCAUAUGUUUUGACCAUAUACAAUAAAAAGUUUUAUAUAUGUAAGUGGUAUGUUUUGACCUAGUUUGUA